AUGUCCAAAAAUAAACCAACUAAUAACGCCACUCACAGCCAUAAUAAUACACAAGAUAGAUCUAAAGUACCGAUUUCACAUUCUUCUUCUAGGCAAGUGAAAAGAUGUUGUAAAUGUGGAAAAUCCAUCAAUGGUCAGUUAAUUAAAGCUUUAGGAGAUAUAUACCACCAAAAUUGUUUUACUUGUUACGAUUGUGGUACAAUAUGCAAACCAAAAUAUUUCCCCUUCGAACUACCAGACACUAAAGAGCUUGUCCCUCUUUGUCAUUACGAUUAUUUCAAACGAAACAAUUUACUUUGCUAUGUUUGUAACGAACCCUUGAGAGGCACUUUUUAUAAUGCUUUUGGUAGGUUGUAUGAUGAAGAGCAUUUUUGUUGCAAAAUAUGUGGUGAAAAAUGUAGUUUAAAAACAUGUUUUAACUAUAAUAACAGCUUAUAUUGCAAAUAUCAUUACUUGAAAUUUUUUUCCAAAAGAUGUAAAGGCUGUAAAUAUCCCAUCACAGAUCAACACUUUGAGUUUCCCAGAGGUGAUAAAAUUUAUAGGUGGCACCCUGAAUGUUACGGUAUUCAUAGGUAUUGGCACAUAGAUCUAGUUCCGGAAUCGUUGGCUAUUCCUGAGUUACCUAUUUUUGACCAGUCACAAUCAAAUAACAAUAGUAUCCUAAGUUCCAAAGACACAAAUCCAAGUCCUAAGGAACUUGAGGUUUACAUUAAAAGUUCAACCACUUUAAUUUUCAAAACAUGGACUAUAUUAUACAGAUUCGAAGAAGAAACCGCCGCCUGUAUUUCUGACAUGAUCCAAUAUGCAACUAGCGAGAAUAAUUUAAAAGGUGUUAAUUCGACUGCAUUAUUUGUACUUAAAAUCGAAUGUUUAUUUAAAGCAUUGGAUGCUUUGCAGUCCCUAACCAAUUUUGCAACAUUAGGUGGCAGAAUUAAAAACUCUUAUUUACACGCUCCGGAAGCUCCUCAGGUAGAGGAAGAUGAUGACGAAGAAGAAGAAGAAGAAGAAGAAGAAGAAGGAGAAGAAGAAAAUUAUGAUGUCAAUAAAACUAGAGACAAUAAUAAUGGAAACAUUUUACCUAAUACUUCCAACAAUAUGAAUGUGAAAAAAAGAAAAGAAUCCAUUUCACAAAAAUAUCGGAAAUUCCCAAGAAAUUUAUCCACAGGCAUUAUGGUUUAUUUACAACUAUUAAGAAAAUUCAACCCAAUUCCAAAAGAUAAAGAUAUGCCCGUUUCUAAAAUUAUGACGGUAAUUAAUGGCCUAUCGCAUUCGUUAAAAUUGCUAAUUCGUUACGGAUUGUUUAAUUCUUUAGAGUACAAUAUAAAGGUUCAUUCGACUAACACUUUGAGUAAAUUUUUGAGAGAAGUGGAAAAGAAUUUAAACUAUUCAUUAAAUUACAAAGAUCCGUUUGAAUUUAUAGAUGUGAAACUUGAUGCGACUGAUUCCUGCGUGCAAUGCGGUAAAUAUAUCCAACAAGAAUGUAUUAGGUUCCAGAAUAAGAGAUGGCAUAUUCAAUGUUUUAAUUGUAGUUGUUGUCACAAGCAUAUAGAAAAGUACGAUAUUUUAGACGCUGCUUACCUUAAAAAUGGCUGCAAAGUUUUAUGUGCUCAAUGCUCUUUAAACGAACCCGCAUCUAUUUCUGGUUUUAAGCCUGUGACAAGAUUAUCACAGUUGAUUUUUUUAUUGAAAAUGGCAUUGGUGAAAACAAAAACUGUCAUGGAAAUGAAAAUUAAAGAAAGUAAAUUACGCCAAGAAAAAAUGUUACUCACAGAUAACAAAAAUGAUGCACAUUUCAAAAUCAAUGUGAGAAAUAUAGCUCUAAGCUCGCCGGGGAAAACGUGUGGUGUUAUGCAACAAGACUCGUCUUAUGUUAGAACGUUAAACGAUAUUAAAGCACUAAGGGCCAAAAGAAAUAGUUUGCGUAUAUCGCGUACUGAUUCAAAGGUGAAAAAAUCGCAACUAGUGGAGACUGCACAAAAAAACAGUGAAGAGAACAAGAGUGCCGACGACUCUUUAGAGAUUGAAAUAUCAGAGGACACAGAGAAUGAUUCACCUAAAGACACUACAAUGUUCAAUAACUCAAAAACAUUGACCUUAGAUGAUAUAUCGAGGAUUGUUGCCGCUGAACAAGCCAGAGAACUAAGACCCAAUGCCUUUAGGCACUUUAAUAAACUUAAGGAAAUUGAUGAAGACGUAAAGUUGCCUACUUUAAACAAAAGUGGUGUAUAUUAUUCUGAUUUAUCCAGUGAUCAUCUGGUCAAACUACAGCUGAUAGCUUUAUCUGUAAUAUGUUGUGGGGAUCACCGAUUGUAUAACAAGGAUCAAAAAAUUAUGGAUCUAGUAUUACAAAUUGACAGUAAGAAGUCGACUAAUUCCUCACCUGUUACUACUGAUGAUAAUUCCAAUGGGUCAUCUCCAGUUGAUGCAGUAAAUGGCUUUUGGGGCAUUUUUAAACCAAGAAAACCAAAGGACUUGAGAAAAAAUACCAAUGUAUACGGUGCUGUGCAUCAUGUUUUUGGUGAAUCAUUGGAUAGAUUAACAGAAUACGUUGGUAUAGAUUCAGAUUUGGGAAUUGGUUCAUCAAGAGUUAAAAUACCGCUACUAGUGGAUGAAACCAUUUCUACUUUGAAACAAAUGGACAUGUCGGUUGAAGGUGUUUUUAGAAAAAAUGGGAAUAUUAAGAGGUUGCGUCUUUUAACAGAAGAAAUCAAUUCUAAUCCAACAACGAUGCCAGAUUUGUCCAAAGAGAACGCGGUCCAAUUAUCGGCUUUACUGAAGAAAUUUUUAAGAGAGUUACCAGAUCCUUUAUUGACGUUUAGCUUAUAUGAUUUGUGGAUAAAAAUUCCAACGGUAGAACCUGUUUUGUAUAGAAACAUAUUUUAUGCCACUGUGUAUGCUUUGUUACCAAAAUUUAAUCGAAAUGUUUCAGAGGUUUUGUUUUCGUUUUUAAGUUGGGUAUCAUCCUUUUCCCAUUUGGACGAUCACAUCGGCUCCAAAAUGGAUAUCCAUAAUCUCUCUACUGUUAUCACACCAAAUAUUUUGUAUGCAAAAAGUAAGCUGGAUGCGUAUACACUGACAAAUUACAGUUCUGCAGCAAUGAAAAAUAAUGGGGAAUCAUACUUUUUAGCUAUUGAAGCGGUAGAUUAUCUAAUUACACAUAAUGAAGAUUUGGCUAUGGUUCCGAAAUUUAUGAUCAAUUUGUUAAACGGAGUUGUAAAAAAUAAUUGGAAUGAUUUUGAGCAGAUAUAUGCGUUCGUAGAAAGUAAUUAUGCUUUAAUAGACUUUACCGAAUUUAACUUUAGUGAAAAGAUUUUGGCGCAAGGAGUUACAUCACAAGUUAAAGUGGAGCAGGUGAAAAUCAACGAAUAG